UCGCAUUUGACAUUUUCAGUGCUAUACACACAAAAAAUUUAAUUGUAAACCAGCUCUGUUCAAUACACAAUCAACGAGAUAUCCAAAGCAAGAAGCUAAAAAUAAAUUAAUCACAAAAAAAGGAAGCAAAACGAAAUCAAUUAUUUGGGCCACAUAUAUAUACAUAGUAUAUGCAAAACGCAAGACGGAAGUGAAUCUUUGGAAGCGAGAACGGCAUAAUAUCUCCUAUUUUAAUUUUUUACAUAAUUGGGUGAUUUCAUUAAAGCUACGAGAAUGUAUUUAUUACGAUUAUUAGCAAAUAUGUUUGAUAUGGAUUUUGAAGAACGUUUAUAAAACACAGUGAUAGUGUUUCAAUAAAUAAAGUGAAAAAAGUGUGGCGAUACAAAAAAAAAAAAAAAUAAGUGAAAUAUAAGGCGCUGAGUGUUUUCGAUUUUUUUCUCCAACAAAACGAAAACACAAAAGAAAACUAAACUGAUUGAAUAAUCACUUGUUCACCAAACAAAGAAAGCAAAGCCAUUAAAAAAGCAAAGCAUCAGCUUUACAGCAACACGAAAAGAUACCUUUGGAAAUAAAUAUUAAAAUCUUUUUCCUGAAGUGAAACCAAGGGCAGUUGUACUUUGUGUUUCUUCAUAAAGGCAGGCAAACUACAAAACAAAAAAAUACAGUUGACGCCAUUUUGAAAAAGCCUACCAAGCAACCAUACCAUAUCCACUAACACAACACAGCAACAACAACAAAAGUAACAAAAGAAAACAAAACUAGAUUUUCCCAAUCAGAAUUUGUAUUAGAAAUAUUCCGGUAUAAUUCGGUGCGUGGUAUUAGUGUAAUGUUUCAUCAGCAACAACAACAGCAACUCAUCAGACAGCAGCAGCAACAACAACAACAAGAACAAAGAGUAGCCAUCAACAGAACCUGUAGCAUAAAGGACAACAGAGCCGGUGUGAAGAAAAGAAUUCUGGUACAUCCCUCGACCAUGUUCAGAAACUUCAAUUGCCAAUUGACGACACCAGCCGGCCAACCGACAAUAAUGAACAGCAGCAUCUCAGCCAGACAAAGAAUUGUUUGCCCAAAGCCGAUAUUUAUAUGUCUCCAAGCUUAAGAAGUGUGACCAGCGACCUUAAAACUUCAAGUCUUAAUUGAAAUUUGAGCAUUCAAACUCUAAAUAAGAAUUAAAACCUUAAUCGAAAAAAGGUCGUCGUGUGUCCCCUCUUAACUUAGGAAUGUUAAGUUAUAUGCAUCGUUAAAACAAACAAGAUUUCAAACCCAGAACGACACACACAGUUACAGAAAAAUAUUACUCAAUAGGAAUACAAUUUCCACAGACACAUACAAAAAGAAAGGACCGCCAUCCAUAAGGAAGAAGAACUUUCAAUUUGUCAUUGAAUAGACAAUUAAUAGAGUCGAGUCGAGUUGAGACGGCCAAAGAAGAUUUUGCCUGGAACGUAAAAUCUCAUAACUUGAAUAUUAGACACAGACGCUUGUUGGCUUUCAAAUCACACACACACACACACACACCCAAAAAUGAAACUCUUGGAAAGUUCACGUUUUGAGGCCAUCAACAAUGCCCUGUCCAUUGGCUCGGGUAGCAGCACCAUAUUUGGACGCAUUGAAUCGUACUCAUGCAAAAUGGUUGCAGCCGAUAAAAGUUUAUACAAACGUUUUACAUCGGAAACGCAUGGCUAUGGGCCGCACGAUUUGCAGGCCCUAUCGCCGCCACAAACACUGGCUGAUCUCUCGCCAAAUUUCCAUCGCAACAAUAGCCAGUCGGGAGAUGAGGGUGUAAUUCUGUGUGACACCAUAUCGCGUAAAACUCUAUUCCAUUUAAUUGCUACGCUGAAUGCUUCAUUUGAGCCGGACUAUGAUUUCUCGGAUGCCAAGAGUCACGAGUUCAGCAAAGAACCCUCCCUGCAAUGGGUUAUGAAUUCGGUACAUUCAAAUCUCUCUGCACUGGCUGGCGAUCAGUAUCAGGCGCUGCGUCAACCCUUAUGGUCGGCCAUCGAUGAUGAAAUCAAUUUACAGGAAUGUGACAUUUACAGCUAUAAUCCGGAUUUGAGUUCAGAUCCCUUUGGUGAACCCGGCUGUCUUUGGUCGUUCAACUAUUUCUUCUACAACAAGAAAUUGAAACGUAUUGUCUUCUUUACGUGUCGUGCUGUUAAUUCCCUAUAUGCUGGCGACACCUCGGAUUUCUCCAUGGAGGAAGAAGUCUAUUAAGAAAACUUAAAAUACCCAACAAAGACAGCCGUAUCACAAAAAGCCUAAUGAUGAUGACGAUGACAUGCUGAUGAUAAACAAAUAACCAGUCAAUCGAACUAUACAGAAAAAUAUGCCCUGAAAUCAGCAUCCAUCCAUCAUCCAGGCAAUGAACUCAAAUUCAAUUUUUGUCUUGUCUUAAAUUAAUUUGCUCAGAAUAUAAAUGCACUUUAGUUUUUGACAUUCGAAACAAAACAAAAACAAACACAACACACAACGUGAAAUAAUGAAAAAAAAAAACAAAAAAUAA